AUGCGCGGAGAGCGGAAGUACACCGACGUAACGGUACAAGGUGAAUCAGAUAUACGAAAGGGCGUUGGGUGUCGAUAUUUGCACUUGGGUGACUCAAGGUUAACUCGCCGGAUCACGCAGGGGACGACGGCGAAGCGGCGGAAGGCCAAGGAACGAUACGCGGACGGCCAGCCACUCUCAAGGUUAUGCUCCGGCGGGCGCUGGGACACGUCAUCCACGCCGCCAGUCACACAAUCAACCAGUCACCCAGUCAACCAGUCACCCAGGACGCCAGUCACCCAGUCACCCAGGACACCAGUCACCCAAUCAACCGGUUAUCCACACCGCCAGUCACCCAAUCAACCAGUCACCCAGGACACCAGUCACCCAAUCAACCGGUCAGCCGGUCAUCCACACCGCCAGUCAUCCAAUCAACCAGUCACCCAGGACACCAGUUACCCAAUCAACCAAUCAACCGGUCAACCAGGACACCAGUCACCCCAUCAACCAGUCAUCCACGACACCAGUCACCCAAUCAACCAGUCACCCAAUCAACCAGUCAUCCACGACACCAGUCACCCAAUCAACCAGUCAUCCGUGACAACUUGCAUGACACAAGGCACCUUCCUUGGCUAG